AUGGCCUCUUUCCCUAUAUAUGAGAAUGGCUAUCUGCCAGGGCCUGAAUAUGAGCAAGAUCCAUCUUUCUUGUAUGAUAAUUACCCCACUUCACCCCCAAUCUAUGCACAAGAGAUACCAUAUGAAGAUGAACCUUAUGAAAACAUCAAUAUUCAAGACUCAUAUGUAGAAUAUGAAGAAGAAGAGGAUGAGUUACCUGAAGCUUGGAUCCCUUACUUUGGCUAUACUGAUCCUCCACCUGGGAAUGGUAACCAACAGGUAAUCAUUGGUGCACCAUUCCCUCAACCUUCAGAUCUAAAACAACACUAUUGUGAUCUAUAUCCUGAGGAAUGUAAAAGGAUUGGAGGAGUGUUGGAGACAAACAAUACUAAUGGCAAUGAGACUAUGGACAGUGAUGUGGGGAAGGGAACAGGUCUGAAUCAUGUUGAUUUAUCUGGAUGUGGGCUAGCUUUGGUUUCGCUAUUACUCAUCUUACUUGGCUUGAAUGGGGGGUGGGCAAAUGAUAAAGCUGGCAAAGAUAGAGAAGGGUCAGGUGAAUCUGAUGGGAAGGGAGGUCGAAGUGAGAAAGAUGGUAAAUACAAAAAUAAAGAUGAGAAAGAUAGAAAUGUCAAAGAUGGCAAAGGUGGAAAAGGUGAAGAUAGAGAUACAAACAAGAGCAGGAAAGAUAGAGAUAGGGAAUCAUCAGGCAAAGAUGGUAAAGGGAAGUCAAACAGAGAAGAUAGGAAUAAGAAUGGCGAAACAACUGAAGAGAGUGAUAGGAGGAAGGCAGCUGAAAGAGCUGAGCAGAAAGCCAAUGGUAAAGAUGGGAGAAGUAAGGGCAAUAAAGGGGAAACCCCAGAAGAAAGGGCUGAGAGGAAGUCUAGGGAGAAAGACAGGCAAAAGAAUAGGAAUGGAGAAACACCAGAAGAGAGAGCUGAUAGGAAGGCUAGAGAUGCAGCUAGACAAGGUAAAGAUAGAGACAAAGAUAGAGAUAGAGAUAGGAACAACAGUGGGAAUGGUAAAGAUAGAAGGGGGUAUUCUGGUGAGACACCUGAAGAAAGGCAACUUAGAAAGGAUAGAGAAAGAAGGGAUAGAAAUAGAAAUGACAAGGCUGAUAGAUCAAAUAGAGAGACCCCUGAAGAAAGACGAGCUAGGAAAGACAGAGAAGCAAGAGGUAAAGACAUGAAUGGUAAUAGGAAAAGUGUUAGGUCUAACAGGAAAACUCCAGAGGAAAGGCAAGCUAGGAAAGAUAGAGAAGCAAGAGACAGAGAUAGAGGGAAGGACCCAAAUGCAAACAACCACAAACCAAAUAGAGAAACACCUGAAGAGAGACAGGCAAGAAGAGAUAGAGAAAAAGAUAGGAAGAAUGGUACACAGAGAUCAUCCACUGAAAGAAAUGGUCAAGACCCAUCAAAGAGAUCUGACAGAAAAGAGAAUGCUAAGAAUGAAACACUUGAGGAAAGAGCAGAGAGACACAGGAGGGAGGGAAGGGAAACACCAGAAGAGAGGACUGAAAGACAUAGGAAAGAUAGGGAAAAUAAAGACAGAGAGAAGAAUAAGAAGAAGAAAAAUGAAACUCCUGAGGAAAGGGCUGAAAGACAUGGGAGAGAAGGUAGAGAGACCCCUGAAGAGAGGGAGGCAAGGCAUAGGAAGGAAAGAGAACAGAAGAAGGGUAAGAAUGAAAGUCCUGAAGAAAGGGCAGAUAGGCAUAGGAGAGAGGGAAGGGAAACACCUCAGGAGAAGACAGACAGGCUGAAGAAAGAGAAAGAAGAACAAGGUAAUUCUUGGUUUAGUCCAUCCAUGCUAUUGGGUCUGUUGUUGUUAUUGGCACUCAUAGGCUUUGCAGGGAAGAGUCAUAUUCCUCAAGGUAUGCCUAGCUGGAAUUGGAGGACUCCCAAUCUCGUUCAUAAACCCAGUGGUAUCAUUGGAGGUAGUUUGGUAGGUGAACGUGGUGGUUUGCUGGGAACACCAAGGUCCUUUGUCAAAGGUAGUCCCAAAGUUAUAACAUCCAGAUCAAAAUGGAAAGUGAAUGAACCUGCUCCGCAUAUCCAUAUCAACAAUGUGAACUCUCAUGGUGAUGAUGAUACGAUUUCAUUUGGUAGUAGUGAAGAACAUGUGGUGGUAAAAGAAGCACAGAGUGGGCCUGUCAUUGUAGAGGAGAAGAUAUGGGAACCAAUCGAUUUUCAAUUUACUGGACCGACCAACCCUGACAGAUUACUCAAUAUGCUCCUGGCAGAACUGAUUGUUAGUCUACCAUUAAUCCUAGAUUGGAUUAGGGAUUAUCCUGAAGUUAAAUAUGAUCAACCGGAGUAUAUUUCUUCAAGAAUUCAACUUUUGAUUUUGGCUGGAUUGAUCCUCUUUGGAUUGCUAAUUGCAGAUUGGCAUUUUGGUUGGUCCACUACCAUGGCGCCUUAUGCAGAAGUAUCGGUUGACAGUGUCCAAAGUGGAUUGACACCUGUAUUGGUAGGUGCGGUAGAAACUACUGAACAAUUAGUAUGGGGUUUGGAAGAUGUGCUGUUUGGUGAGAGUAGGGUUUUGCUUGGAAUGGGUUUGGCAGCAUUGGGUGUUUUCUUCCUAGCUCAGCGAGAACCAAAUUUGGAUAUACCAUCAACAGAGUUCUCCAAUUAUACUACUCAGGCUCUCGUAUUUCUAGGUGCGCUCUUGGUUGGUAUGUUGCUCUGGAACGCUUAG